CCCGCGGACCAAUCAGGGUCGCCGCUCGGCCCCCCGACGUCAGUCUCCUCUCCUCUCGGGCCAAUCGCAUCGCUCGAUCUCACUGUACAUUUACGCUGGCCUUCCGCCUUUGGCUCAGGUAGACAGGACCUGGACGGGACGUACCGAGGAAAGUCUUCUCUCCAGACCUGCUUGUCACCUCGCUAUGUCCAUCAUGGCGGUCAACGGCUCGGCAGACAUCUUGAGCUCUGCCUACCUCGCGGUGGAGUAUGUGGACGCAGUGCUGCCGAAGAACCCCCUCCAGCCCUCCCUGGAGCACGCGUGGGGCUACAUGCUGGACAACUACACCAAGUUUCAGAUUGCCACAUGGGGGUCGCUCAUCGUCCACGAGUUCAUCUACUUCUUCUUCUGCCUGCCUGGUUUCCUCUUCCAGUUCAUGCCCUUCAUGCAAAAAUACAAGAUUCAACAGGACAAGCCGGAGACCUGGGAGAAACAGUGGAGGUGUUUCAAGAUGCUGCUGUUCAACCACUUCUGUAUCCAGCUGCCUUUAAUCUGUGGGACUUACUACUUCACUGAAUUCUUCAACAUCCCAUACGACUGGGACUCCAUGCCGCGCUGGCCCUACGUCCUGACCCAGUGCUUCGGUUGUGCCGUCGUCGAAGACACCUGGCACUACUUCCUCCACCGGCUGCUGCAUCACCGCAGGGUCUACAAGUACAUCCACAAAGUCCACCACGAGUUCACUGCUCCGUUCGGCAUGCAGGCCGAAUACGCCCAUCCUGCUGAGACCCUCAUCCUGGGAGCUGGUUUCUUCAUCGGCAUCAUGAUCUUCUGUAACCACGUGUUCUUCCUCUGGGCCUGGGUGUCUUUCCGUCUGCUGGAGACCAUUGACGUCCACAGUGGCUAUGACAUCCCUCUGAACCCGCUCCACCUGAUUCCGUUCUACGCCGGCACCCGUUUCCACGACUUCCACCACAUGAACUUCGUCGGUAACUACGCCUCCACCUUCACCUGGUGGGACAGGCUGCUGAAGACGGACAACCAGUACAACAAGCACAUGCUGAAACAGGAAGUCAAGAAGGAGCAGUAAACCACUCCGCGCCCCCACAAACUCACAAACCUAUUUUUGUCAGGAGGAGGCAGUGAGUCUCACAGUGAGCACACAAACAGGUCGCCUCAGUACACUAGCUAAAUAAAAAACACACUAAAGGUAUGUACUUAAAAUGAAUCAGCUCUGCUGUGAUUUAGAUUCUGAAUCAGGCUGCGUGUUGACUACAGCCCACCUUCUGUGCCUCGCUGCAAAAGAAGUAUUGUUGUCUGCUUCUGUCAACAGCUGCUCGCUGAAUAAAAAAAAUCCUCUCCAUCCUCGAUUUGAUCUGUUGCUUUGUCGUCGUACCCGCGACCGUUCUUGAGAAAUGCUUCUGUAUGUCUCUGAAUCUUUCAGCACUUUAAGCGCUUCCUCUCGAGUUGAACUGAGUCACGCUGACACAGUUUUUACUCUCUUUAAGUUGCAGUUCAAACAGGAACUGUCUAAACUCGGUGCUGACUUCUGAAACAAGUCAGGCAUGUUUGAUGCAAAAACAUAUUUUUUUUGAUGGGAUUCGCCCCAUGUGGAACUUCCGAGAUGUUCGAGCUUAUAUUUUUUUGAAGACUUUAACAAUAAUCCAAAAUGCUGUUAUAAUUUUUUACAAAAAGAAACAUUGGACCUGUUUUGUUUUUCUGUUUUUGUCAUAUUGGAAUAAAAUACUUGAACAAAAUUGAA